AUGGUGCGCCAUAAGAAAGACAACACCUCGUCCAAAGCGAAGAAGUAUUCCACCAAGUCCCGACAUACGCCGCGCUCGACGGCACGAGAUGGCGACGACAAUGACGUCGUCGCAGAACGCCCACCUUUCAAGGCUGCUUGUUGGGAUUUUGGGCACUGCGACUCCAAACGCUGCAGCGGGAAGCGACUGAUGCAUUUUGGCCUGAUGCGAGAGUUGCCUGUCGGCCAAAAAUUUCCUGGAGUGGUCAUUUCUCCCAACGCGAAGACGAUUCUCUCACCGGCUGACCGUGAGCUUCUCGAGCAAUAUGGCGCCGCAGUGGUAGAAUGCUCGUGGAUCAGGCUUCAAGAGGUUCCUUUCUCACGGAUCGGUGGGAAAUGCGAACGGCUCCUGCCGUAUCUUGUGGCCGCAAACUCCGUCAACUAUGGGAAGCCAUGGCGCUUGAACUGUGUUGAGGCCCUAGCGGCAUGUUUCGCCAUUUGCGGCCAUCACGACUGGGCCGAGAUUGUGUUACAGCAUUUCUCCUACGGCGAGGCAUUCCUCGAAAUCAAUUCCCAGCUCUUCAAACGGUACGCAGCAUGUCAGAAUGAAGAAGAGAUCAAAAAGGCCGAGGAGAAGUGGCUUGCGAAGCUGGAGAAGGAGUAUGCAGAAAGUCGCACCAACAAGGACGCUGCAGGUGCUGAGGCUGAUGAUUGGGCUGGUGGAAAUACGAAUAGGCGAGAUGUGUUCGAAUCGGAUGAAGACGACGACGACGACGACGACGACGACGCAGAUAGUCAGAGUGAGUCAGCCGCAGACGACGACGGCAACACCAUGCAACAAGGCGUGCCGUUGGAGCUGCCUCCCGACGAAGAUGAUGACGACGACGAGGCUGAGAUGGCUGAGAUUCGGCGAAAGAUUCUCGCGUCCAAACCAUUUGCGGAGAAUUUCCCUGCAGAGCCUCCCAGGAAAGAGAAUCAGCGACACGAUGCCAACCCGACAGUGACACCCGCGGAACAGCCCCCACAGCUCGUGGACUCCGACGCAGAGUCCGGCUCCGCUGAGGAAGAGUAUGACGACUUCGACCAAAUAGCGAACGCCACACCUGUGACGGACCGGACGGGAAUUAUGGCACGUGAGAGACAGAAGAAGCUCGAACAGGCGAGCGCAUCAUUCUCGCGGACAGUGGUCUCGGCUCCCAAGCGAUGGUAG